AAGCAUUAAAUGUUAUUAUUUUCAUUGACCUCAUCGGCGCGGCGAGUUUAAAAAUCUUUCUACUUUCUGAUUUGUUUGAAGCUCGAAUAACUAGUCUAUUUUCGUGUUUUGUGAUCUUUACAAAGAAUUGCAGCAUAGCUUUUGCAGAAUCUAUAGAAUCUGGGGACGUUCUGAUAACGUUGUGCCGCUUCCACAGAUCAGCUCUCAAACUUGCCUUGUAUCCAGAUAAGUUUGUUUUGGUAGUAAGCAAUAAUGGCUACUUCUCUCCAGCAUAAUAUAGACAUAGAGAACCCUGGUGGGGUGACAGCCGGCAAACGAGGACAGAUGCUUUCUGCAGGACCAAGGAGAGGUCUAGGCAAGGUCUUCUCAUCCAACGAGAACUCUCUUGCGACUCCACAUCGGAAGGCUCUAGGGGACUUGAGUAACAACAAGGCAAGCCGUCAACCCUUGGGUAGUCUGAGUAAUACCAUUCAUAAGGCUAACCAGGGUAGUGGUCUUAUCAAGAAACCACUCGGGACUCAACUCAAGACUCCUGGUGCUGGUAUCAAAGUAUUUGGAGAAGGACCAACUCUAAAGGGUUUAGAGAGCAAAAAGAAAGCCCCUAAAUUCAAAGCAGAGAUGAAGAGACCCUUAGCAAGCAGUCACAAACCAAUCUUUACAUUCCCUGAUGUAGAAAACAUGAAGCUCUUCAAAGAUAACGACCAAACCUUCAACCGGCUUCCUGCAGAGGACUGCCUGACAUCUCACCUGAAGCAGCUAGGUACCAUGAAGACCACGCUGUUUAGAUACCCUAUCAGAGAUGUAGAUGAUAUCAAUCCAGACUUCUCACAUCUCUCAUUGGAUAAGAUAAUCAGACCAAGUCAAUCAGAUGAUGACCUGAUGGUCCCACCCUCGUCAGCCUCGAUGGAUUGCCUGGAUCUCCCUCCUGUAGACUCCAUGGACUUCCUGGAUAUCAACAAUCUUCUCUUUGAUUAAAGAUUACCUCAGCGGACAGGAUCAAGAUCUUGUAGAUGCUAUGAAGACUGUUGUUGAUGGAAUUGGUCCGUCUUGUAUGUAAAUACAUUCUGGGCACCAUGCACCGAACAAAACCUGAAGCUGUGACACUGGUGGACCAUUUAUGUUUUUGAGACCUGUCUAGACUCUAGAGCAGAGAUUGACUGUAUUGGUGACAGCAGGUACAUCCAUGUAUGUGGAAAACUUCAGGGUGCCACAGUCUCUAGGAUGGUCUUUGAGCAAAGACAGUCGUAGCACAUUCAGUAACAUCGUAGGGCAAUCUCAUCAUGUAAAUUUGGAUAAGUGAUGUGUGGAUCUAUUAAAGCAGAGAUGACUGUUUUAGGUUUUUUGCCUACACACAUUUUUGUGCCAACAUCAUACUGUCUUCACUUAUCGUCGAGGAAACACUCUUAUCAACGUCAUUCACCAAUAUCAGUGGAUGGGAUCAUGAUCAUUCAUUCCCCGGAGUGCCAAAGAGAUAUCCAUAGCAGAGAAGGACUGUAUUGAUGGUGUUCUCUUUCUUCAAUCUCCCAGGAAAACUCAUCAAUAUUUGUGCAUAAUCAUAAUCAUGUAUCUACCAUAGACUUGUCCAAUGCACAUGACUUCAAGGAUGAUAACUUGUACAUAAAAUUUAUCCUAGACAUAAAUGACUUUGUUUCAUGUGAGCUUCUACAUGUACUCUUCAUGAUUUUUUUGUAAACUGUGUCAUCAAGGGAACAGAGGUGGAGUGCUGCCUUUGAAUAUGUAACCUGCAUGUUUUGUACAUGUAUAUAACAGGGUUCCACACUAACACUUUUCAUUGGGGGUCUGAACUGAAAUUUGUUGGUGUUUAUGCACCACCGAGCCCUAUGUAGAAAUUUUGAAACUUUGGGGGGUCCUGAGCUAGAUUUGAAGCGCCCAUGUGUCCCUGGGCAUAUGUUAGUGUCGAGCCAUGUAUAUAUGUACAGCAGAGAUUAUAAUAGCAUCUUGUAACUACUGUACCGGUUUGGCAUUUUCCAUGUGUUUAUGAGGGAGCUUGAUUCCGCCUUGAUGAUAUAAUCCACCACUAUGCUGUAAAACCAGAUACUUUCGUCAUGCAUACAAAUCUUUGCAAAUUCUGCUUGUGUUCCAGAUUCACAAAAAGUUCAUGCUAGAAAGUGAUUGAAUUUUAAACACACUUGGAUUUUUCAACUCACAAAGUUUCUUACUAUGAUAUCCUGAUAAUGGCCAGCUUACCAACUAUAUUUCAUGAAGUUUCUAGCUUUACAGUAUACCUCUUAUUAUGUGCUGAUGAAAAGAAAGUAUGACGAAGUUGAAGAAAAGGCUCAAUGGUAACUUUUUACAGGGAGGAGGAGGGGGGAGGUACAAUUAUCAUGUUAUUAUUUUAUCGAGGUUUUCAAAAAUAUAAAUUAUACAUACAUGGCAUCACCAAGAUAGUGAGGUAAUAACGUAUUUGAUUGCAUCAUAGUUCAUAGUGGGUUGAAUACAAAACUUCAAUCUCUUUGGUAUUCAGACAUUCCUACCCGAUGCCUAUUGUGACACAACUGACAUAAUAAAGUAUCCAUAUUCUACUAAUUCAGUUAAACCCCACCCUGGGUAUAUUUUGUGCCACUUUUUUUAUAUCAGUCUGUGAUUACGUGUUGAAUACAACUGACCAGUUUACUAAUGGGAUACUACUUCACACUGACAUUAAUUUUGACAAGCAAAAGUUUGUCCAAGCCUCGCCCAACAUAGAAAAGUAAUCCAUGUAAAAUGCUAUCAUGCAAGCAAGGUGAAUUUCAAAGUUUUUCACAAAGGGUUCUCAGAAAGAAACGUUCAUAAAUGUUGAUAUAUUAGUUAACUGGUCCAAUGUUAAUUUAUGUGUCAUUUUCGCAUUGUUUUUUGCUCAUUUCUGUCUUUCUAUUUUGUUAAGUUCAAUAUUUUUCUCUGUUCUGUUCCUAUUUAUUUUGUUACUUUUAGAAAAUGUAGAAAUGAAAGCGACAAAUAUUGCAGACAGCGAAUAAUGGCUACACCGUCAACUCUCACAAUAGAAAGUAGAUGUUAUCCCUAAAAUUAAUGUCAAGUUUAGAAUUUUGAUUCAGAGCUGAAGAUUAGAAAGUACAUUUCAUUGUCCUUGAACUUUUUAUAUAUUAAUAAAGAGACAUUUUGAAAAUAAAGCAGGUACAUGUAAUCCUAGCAAUGCUUUGGGGAUUUGAGCUCAGUGCAAGUGACUGAGUCAGCCAGAUAAUUUAACAAGAAAUAAAUAUAAUUAUAAAAUAAAAGAAUCACAGAAUAAGAAAAAUCAAGUCUAUUUGUGUCAAACUACAUAUGACCUACAUGUUCAAACUUGGUGAAUAAAAUUAAGAUGCCAAAGGAAAAUUGAAUGAAGGCCAUUAGAUUUAAUCAAAUCAUUAUCUGUCUACUACAAGAUUCUAUUCAAAUUUCAAUAAACAAGUGCUAAAGAAUUUAUUAUAUUAAGUGAAAGCCAGGAGCCAUGCAGGCUUUGUUUAAAAGUCCAAUGAUUGAAUGACAAAAUACUGAACAUGAAAUCAAAAAGCUGCGCAUUGCCUCGUAUUAUUAUGUGACUUAGAUUAGCAGCAUCGCCCUAUAUGUGAUUAUGUUGCAUGUUAAAUGUACAUUGAUUUUGUUUUAGUUUCCAAAUAAAUUGCGUAUAUUAUAUAACAAA